GGCGGGGGACGGACACAGGAUCGCAGCCGAGGCUUGCUCAUGGCCCAGGGCCUUCUUCAUUGCAGCUGGAAGAGUAAUGAUGGCAGUGAACAAGGGUCCAGCCUUACUGGAUGGAGAGCUUCCCGAGCAGGAGAACGUGCUGCAGCGGGUCCUGCAGCUGCCCGUGGUGAGCGGCACACGGGAGUGUGUGCAGAAGACCUACACCAGCACCAAGGACGCACACCCGCUCGUGGCCUCCGUGUGCAAUGCCUAUGAGAAGGGCGUGCAGGGUGCCAGCAGCCUGGCAGCAUGGGGCAUGGAGCCAGUGGUCCGCAGGCUGUCUACCCAGUUCACAGCUGCUAAUGAGUUGGCCUGCCGAGGCCUGGACCAGCUGGAAGAAAAGAUCCCAGCACUCCAGUACCCUCCCGAGAAGAUUGCUUCGGAGCUGAAGGGCAGCAUCUCCACUCGCCUGCGCAGUGCCAGGAACAGCAUCAGCGUGCCCAUUGCCAGCACUUCCGACAAGGUCCUGGGGGCCGCCCUGGCCAGCUGCGAGCUGGCCUGGGGGGUGGCCAAGGACACGGCUGAGUAUGCCGUCGGCACACGGGUGGGCCGGCUGGCCUCGGGCGGGGCCGAGCUGGCUGUGGGCGGCAUGGAGAAGGUGGUGGGAUUCCUGCUCCCUCCCGAGGAGGAAGACUCAGCCCCAACUCCAGGAAACCAACGGACCCAGAAGCCCCCCAAGGCCAAGCCGAACCUCAUGGCCAGGGUGGGGGCGCUGGCCAACACAGUGACGCAGCACACCUACCAGACCACAGCCCGGGCGCUGAAGCAGGGCCACGCCCUGGCCAUGUGGAUCCCCGGUGUGGCCCCACUGAGCAGCCUGGCGCAGUGGAGCGCGUCAGCCGCCAUGCAGGUGGUGUCCCGACGGCGUGAGAGCGAGGUGCGGGUGCCGUGGCUACACCACCUGGCGGCCGCACAGCAGGAGGACCGGGACGAAGCCAGCGACACAGAGGGGGAUGAGUCGCAGGAUGACGACUCGGGUUCUGAGGAGCACAGGCUCAGCGAGGUGGCGGCCCGGUCCCGAGCGCCCAGCAUCUUGGGCAGCGUGGCCCAUACUCUGCAGGAGGCCCUGCGAACCAGCAUUGCCGCCGUGACAUGGGCGCCCAGGGCCAUGCUCAGCACCGCCGGUCGCCUGCUGCACCUCACGCCCGCCCCGGCCACCCCCCUGGCCACCCCCAAGAGCCGCGCCAUGUCCCUGUCGGACGCCCUGAAGGGCGUGACCGACAAUGUGGUGGACACAGUGGUCAAUUAUGUCCCGCUCCCCAGGCUGUCGCUGAUGGAGCCCGAGAGCGAGUUCCGGGACAUCGACAACCCGCCCCCCGAGUGGGAGCGCCGGGGGUCCCGCGGCAGCCUGCGCGGCGCCCGGAGCCCCGAGGAGCGCGGGGAGGUGCCCGCCGCGCCCCGCCACAGCCUCCCGGUGGCCACUCGGGAGAGGCCCAAGCGCCGGGUCAGCGACAGCUUCUUCCGGCCCAGCGUCAUGGAGCCCAUCCUGGGCCGCGCGCAGUGCAACCAGCUGCGCAAGAAGAGCUGAG